GACGCUGCCCUGGCGAUGCCAGCGCUGCCAUGGCAGCCUUGGGGUCCUGCCAGCUGCUGCACAAGGCCCUGGAAGGGAGCGGCAGCUAAGGCCCCACAGCAGCACCUCGGCUCUUGGAGCGAAGGUUGGCCAGCACUUGGAUCCAGGUGAUUAGAAGCCACCUGUAGUGCUUUGUGCUUGGGACAGCUGCUCAAGGGACCCUGUUCCUGCAGAAGGAUGGCCGCAAAGAAAAAGGAGGUAGUGCUGCAGAUUAACAUUACUAGCCAGGAGCUUUGGGAAGAAAUGCUGUGUCUCAAAGGACUCAUUGUUGUUGAUGUGUUUCAAGCCUGGUGUGGUCCAUGCAAACCAGUAGUGAAUCUGUUCCAAAAAGUCAGGAAUGAAGUUGGCAGUAAUCUCCUGCAUUUUGCUGUGGCUGAAGCUGAUUCCAUUGAUGCUCUGGAAAAAUACAGAGGACAAUGUGAGCCUAUCUUUCUCUUUUAUACAGGAGGAGAAUUAGUGGCUGUUGUAAGAGGAGCAGAUGCACCAUUGCUGCAGAAGACCAUCCUGAAACAGCUGACAGAACCUUCUCCAGAGACCAGGGAAGCACAGCUCCCCUUCAGGAGGAACAACGGGAAGGACUAACAGGUAAGGCAAGGCACAGGUGUAGAAUGUGCUCUGUACCUCAAGUUGGAACCGUUAAAGGCUGGAGCAGGGAUUCAGCUGCUGCUGGGACACCAGAGGGGCCAUUCCUCCACCUGGGCACACGGGGAGAGUCACCUUGAAACACAGACAAGAGCCCAGCAUAGUUUGGGUGUCUGGCAUUGUGAAACUGAGGGUAUUCAUCCUUCCAAUGUCUUUUAUCUUACAUUUUACCCUCCCUUGCCACCUGGCCUGGCAAGGGCUCUUGGAGACCCACACGGCUUAGUGUUUUCAGGUGAUUUUUAAAAGAAAAUACAGAUGCUUGGGCUCCAAAUCUGCUUACAGCAUCUCCUGCCUUGUCUAAAAUAAGCCACGAAUUCCCAAAGGUUUUUCCCUCCUCUUCUAAAAGGGACAUUUUUUUCUUGGCUUUGCUGGGACAAUGCUGCAUCCUGGCCCUAUGCACACCAAAUCUUAAGUUCCCGGAUGUGGGACUCGAAGCAAAACCCUCCUGGCUUUAGCUGAAGCACCAGGGGAUGAAGAGGUGUGGGGUCUCUGCCUCUCCUUUCUGCGCCUAUUGUUAAUUUUGUCCAUUUUCUUCCC